AUUUAGCAGAAGUUUCUUUUGAAGGAAUAGGAUGCAAGCACUGAAAAAUCAAUAAUAACGAGAUGUUAGUCCAAAAUAUGCUCAAAAAGGAUUUAUUUUUUCAAAUUUAUGAGGUGAAAUUGAGAUGCUUCUACUGUCAAUGAUGCAGGAGGCAUAUGUCAAAGCUUUGGGAAGGGGCUUUUCAGGUGCACCUUUCAGGACCUUUACUAUCCGGUGUAGGGCUGCUGCUACUGGAGGAAGCUUUCAUCUAUCUCAGAAUUCAAACUCUGAGGCAUCUGAAAUAGUUGUUGAUUCUUUUGAUGACCCCGCCAACUUAACAAGCAAUUGCCAAUUCGCCCUCUUUGAGUUGGCCGGUUCUCAUUAUGCUGCUAUUUGCAAGGAAAAUAAUAGUCUUGCUGAAGGCAAAGGUUGCAGGCCAAUGAAGUUGACUGUGUGGAAGACGAUUCCAUUUGUUGAAGAUAAAUGUGUUUCUGGGACCGAUGCAGUUAUUAGGAUUGGUGGCUUGACUUGAAUGUGCCAUUUUUUAAAUUAUGAGACAUUGUGAUAGAUGCUUUGGUCGAAAUGAAAGGAUUAUUAAAAAAAUAUAUCAUUGUAUAGGAAAAUGUUGUUAAAAAAGCUCUGUUUGUAUCGCAUAUGGUGGUAGAAUUUAUCAUUUUGGCUAAGAAAAUUAAACUCGAA